AUGACGUCAUCGGAGGUUUCGAUAAAGGACAAUUGCGGGAACCAGAGGGGAGAUAGCUUCUCGUCCGGUUUCAGCGACCAUAACGAUGCUAGGAAUAACGUAGAGGGGCAAAAGAGUCAUCCCACUGUUUCCGCCGCCGGUAGAGAUGCUGAGACUGCACUUUACACGGAGCUUUGGCACGCCUGCGCUGGGCCGCUCGUGACUGUGCCGCGUGAACGGGAACGUGUCUUUUACUUUCCGCAGGGACACAUCGAGCAGGUGGAGGCGUCAACGAAUCAGGUGGCUGACCAACAGAUGCCUGUGUAUAAUCUUCCCUCAAAGAUCCUUUGCCGGGUUAUCCAUGUACAACUGAAGGCUGAACCGGACACUGAUGAGGUAUUUGCACAAGUCACUUUACUUCCCGAGCCAAGUCAAGAUGAGAAUGCGGUAGAGAAGGAACCUCCUCCACCUCCACCACCGCGAUUUCAAGUACAUUCAUUUUGUAAGACUCUAACUGCUUCGGAUACAAGCACUCAUGGUGGAUUUUCAGUGCUGAGGCGGCACGCAGAUGAAUGCCUUCCACCACUGGACAUGUCUCGCCAGCCUCCAACCCAGGAGUUGGUUGCAAAAGAUUUGCAUGCAAAUGAGUGGCGCUUUCGCCAUAUCUUCAGAGGUCAACCCCGGAGGCAUUUGCUUCAAAGUGGUUGGAGUGUUUUCGUUAGCUCCAAGAGGCUUGUUGCAGGAGAUGCAUUUAUAUUUUUAAGGGGUGAAAACGGGGAGCUCCGUGUUGGUGUUAGACGUGCAAUGAGACAGCAAGGCAGUGCCCCAUCUUCAGUGAUAUCUAGUCACAGUAUGCACCUAGGUGUCCUUGCUACCGCAUGGCACGCCAUCUUAACAGGAACGAUGUUCACUGUGUACUACAAGCCAAGAACAAGCCCUGCUGAAUUCAUUGUUCCAUUUGACCAGUACAUGGAGUCUGUUAAAAACAACUAUUCUAUAGGUAUGAGGUUCAAGAUGAGGUUUGAAGGUGAAGAAGCUCCGGAGCAGAGGUUUACUGGUACCAUAAUUGGAAUUGAAGAUGCUGACACCAAAAGAUGGCGAGAUUCCAAAUGGAGAUCCCUUAAGGUGAGAUGGGAUGAGACUUCAACCAUACCUCGUCCAGACAGAGUUUCACCUUGGAAAAUAGAGCCUGCUCUUGCUCCUCCAGCACUGAAUCCCCUCCCGAUGCCCCGGCCAAAAAGGCCUCGGUCAAACAUGGUACCCUCGUCUCCAGACUCCUCUGUUCUCACCAGGGAAGGUUCCUCAAAAGUAACUGCAGACCCUGCAAUGCCAGGUGGGUUUUCAAGGGUCUUGCAAGGUCAAGAAUUCUCGACCUUGAGAGGCAAUUUUGUGGAUAGCGAGUCUGAUACUGCUGAAAAGUCUCUUGCGUGGACACCUUCGGUAGAUGAUGAGAAGAUUGACGUGGUUUCUGCUUCAAGAAGAUAUAGUUCAGAGAACUGGAUGCCCUCAGGGAGGCAUGAACCAACUUACACAGAUCUGUUAUCAGGCUUUGGGACUAAUGUUGAUUCUUCGCGUGGUAUCUGUCCGCCUUUUGUUGAUCAAGCUGUUGCUAAUUCAAUGAGAAAGCAUUCAUUAGAUCAGGAAGGCAAGUUUAACUUGCAGUCAUGGUCCAUGUUGCCCUCAUCUCUGUCCCUUAGCUUGGACUCUAAUCUUAAGGGUCCUCCCAUUGGCAAUAUGGCUUACCAAGCGCAAGGGAAUACUAGAUAUGGUGGAUUUAGUGACUAUUCUGUUCUGAACGGUCAUAGAGUUGACCACCCACAAGGAAAUUGGUUAAUGCCUCCACCCCCAUCACAUUUCGAGAAUCCUGCAAAUGCAAGGGAGGCCAUGCCACAGCAUGCAUCACUACAGAAACAGGAGGCUGUGAAGCCUAAAGAUGGAAACUACAAGCUCUUUGGUAUUCCUCUCAUAGCACCAGAGGCUGCAUUGUCACACAGAAAUGCGAUGAUUGGGUCACCUCACCAUAACCAAGUUCAUACUUUUGAGUCUGACCAGAAGUCUGAUAAAUCAAGGGGCUCAAAAUCAGUGGAGAAUCCCUUAGCUGUUAAUGAGCCGGAUAAACUGUUGCAAACUUCUCAGCAACAUGUCAGAGAUGGUCAGGGUAAACCACAGGGAGGUUCAACUAGGAGUUGUACCAAGGUUCACAAACAGGGUAUUGCACUUGGUAGGUCUGUUGAUCUUACCAAGUUCAAUAACUACGAGGAACUGAUUGCUGAAUUGGACCAAUUGUUUGAAUUUGACGGUGAGCUGAUGGCCCCAAAAAAGAAUUGGUUGAUUGUGUACACUGAUGAUGAGGGUGAUAUGAUGCUUGUUGGAGAUGAUCCCUGGCAGGAAUUUUGUGGCAUAGUCCGGAAGAUUUUCAUCUACACCAGAGAGGAGGUUCAAAAGAUGAACCCUGGGACUCUAAAUUCACAUGGGGAGGAGAAUUUAUCAUUGGUUGCGGAGGGUGCAGAUGCAAGAGAGGGGAAGUCUCAGCCACUUCCUUCAGCAUCUACUCCAGGAAAAUGUUAGGCCUGGGUCUCAAGAUUUGUAGGUAUAUGACUAGAGUUUUGGGGGAAAGAUGAUAGUGACGGUGCAUUUGUGAGAGUUCUAUUAAGCUAUUCGGAUAUAUGAAGUAACGGAGAUGGAUGUAAGCUGUUUCUCCAUUGGACUUUAAAUUCAUCUUAGAAGUCCAAGAUAGAUGACAGCGCAUGUGGUUUUAUCCAGUUUUGGACAUGUUCUGGAGUUAGUUUAUUUUCAAGUGUCCGGUUAUAUAUAGAUAUAGAUAUAUAUACUACCCUUUGUUUCGAGGAAGGCGAUGUGGCCUUGCCCCUUUCAAACAAUUCCACCUUGUACAUACCUGUUUUACCUCAUUUUCCCAACUUUGUAAUGUAAGUAAGUGCACAGAUUGCCUAAUGUUA